AUGGCCGCCGACCGACCGAAUGAUGCAUUCUCCAUUACCACACUCUCUACGGUCCACGAGCCAGAGCCCGCUCACAUCGACGAGCAGCGUCGGGAGUCCGACGAUGAGCUUGAAGCGACCGAGCUGCGACAGAUGCGAGGCGACAAGCCAGCACGUUUGUCACGAGUGAUCACGCCCGGCAAGCCGCUGGUCCAUUGGUACGACCCAGUGAAGAAGUUCUGGAGACAUCAGAUCAGGAUUUCGGUGCCGCAUGUCGAUUGUCGUGAUCACCUUGCAAACGAGCGCACGUUCCUGGGCUACUUGCGCACCUCAGUCGCCCUCUCAAUGAUAGGAGCCGUGAUUGCGCAGCUCUACCGACUCCAGCAUCGCCCGAAUCCAGACGAUGUCUUUGGCUACUACGUCCUGAGCAAGCCUCUAGCGGGCAUAUUCCAAGGCGCAGCGCUGAUCGUAGUGUUGCUGGGCGGCAUUCGCUUCUGGCGACAGCAGAACGCUAUGGCGAUUGGAAAGGUGCAUGCCGGAGGCUUCGAGUUGAUCGGAAGUGGCAUCUUAUCGCUGGUGCUGCUAUUCGGUGUCUUCAUCAUCCAUGUGGCCCUUGAUGCCUACAAAGAAGACAAGGACGAACCAUGA